AUGAAGGUCAGCACUGCCUUCCUGCUGGCAGCCCUCACCUUGAUCUGCGUCUGCGGGCUGGCCGAAGGGGAGGACAACAAUGAAUUUUUUAUGGACUUCCUACAAACACUGCUGGUGGGGUCCCCAGAGGAGCUCUACGAGGGGCCUCUGGGCAAGUAUGACGUCAAUGAGGAUGCCAAGGCAGCGCUGGGCGAGCUCAAGUCCUGUAUUGAUGGUCUGCAGCCUGUGCACAAGGCAGAGCUGGUCAAGCUACUGGUUCAAGUGCUGGGCAGUGAAGAUGGCGCCUGA